AGUGCUGCGAGUAUCGUGUAGCAGGCUAGAUUGAUUACUUAGGAGUGUUAAAGGGAAAGCAAGCAGGCGAGCAGGCAGAUUUUUGUCUGGGACUCGAGUGAUUGUUGCCGGAGCUGCCUUUCCACUUGCUCUUUUUUUCCCCCUCUCCAUCUCACUCUCCUCUCCUCUCUCUCUCUCUCUGACUCUUUCUGACUCUCCCUCUCUUUCUCUCCUUCUCUCGCACUUUGUCUCUCUCCACUCGGUGCCUUCCCGCUGUUGUCCAAGGCAGAGCAGGGUCAGAUGAAAGGCAAACGCUGGACUCGCCGGGGCAGACGGAUGUCUCAUCUAUCAGUGCCGCCAAAGGGGAGACGUGCAGGCGCACUCACUCACUCACACACACUCACACUCAGAGGAACAGGAGAGGGCUGUGUGUGUGUGUGUGUGUGUGUGUGUGUGUGUGUGUGCCUACACCAGGAAGGGGGAGCAGAGCAGAGGAGAUGUGAUAGCACAAGGGUGAGGGGAGGACAUGCAAAGAGAGGCAGGAGGAGCAGGAGGAGUAGAGGCAGGAGGAGUAGAGGCAGAUAGGUGGUCGUCCUCUUGUUGUCUCUGGACUCGGGUCUUCGUUUGAAAGUGGAAAGUCGACUCAAGUUCCCCACUCUGUUUUUGGCUGCUGGUGGGAUGAGUCGCUUGAGGAGGCACAAGCUGGAGGCUCCCUCUUUCUCUUUCUUUUCUUUUCUUCUCUCACUCUCUCAUUUGCUAUCGGUGUGUCCCUCCCAUCCCUCGCUCUUGCGCCACUCAAAGGGACUUCUACAGCUCAAGCCUCCUAUUCCUCCUCUGACAUGAAGGGCACAGGAAGCGGUCAUGUCUGCAGACUCCUUCGGAGCAGGUGGCAGCGAUGCCCAACAGAGCCUGCAGUCCUUCUGGCCCCGAGUCAUGGAGGAGAUCAGGAACCUCACUGUGAAGGAUUUUCGCGUGCAGGAGCUUCCAUUGGCCCGCAUUAAAAAAAUCAUGAAACUGGAUGAGGAUGUGAAGAUGAUUAGUGCAGAGGCUCCAGUUCUGUUUGCCAAAGCUGCCCAGAUCUUCAUCACAGAGCUCACCCUCAGAGCCUGGAUCCACACCGAGGACAACAAGAGGCGCACCCUACAAAGGAAUGAUAUCGCCAUGGCGAUCACCAAGUUCGACCAGUUUGACUUCCUCAUCGACAUCGUGCCCAGAGAUGACCUGAAGCCGCCUAAACGACAGGAGGAGGUGCGUCAGACGGUGUCGGCGGCCGAGCCGGUGCAGUACUACUUCACGCUGGCCCAGCAGCCGGGCACCGUGCAGGUCCAGGGCCAGCCGCAGGGCCAGCAGGCCACCACCCAAACCGCCACCACACUACAGCCCGGACAGAUCAUCAUCGCCCAGCCGCAACAGGGACAGGUGUUGCAGGGAACCACUAUGCAGCAGCUGCAGCAGGUGCAGGUAGCCCAGUCACAGAGCACACCCAUAACGAGUGCUCCGGUGACCAUGCAGGUGGGCGACCAGCAGGUGCAGAUCGUGCAGGCUGCGCAGGGCCAGCAGACGCAGGCAGCGCAGCCAGCCGGACAGACCAUGCAGGUCAUGCAGCAGAUAAUCACCAACACAGGAGAGAUCCAACAGAUACCGGUGCAGCUGAGCUCAGGUCAGCUCCAGUACAUCCGCCUGGCUCAGCCCGUGUCGGGCACGCAGGUCGUCCAAGGGCAAAUACAGACGCUUGCUACGAACGCUCAGCAGAUCACACAGGAGGUGCAACAAGGCCAGCAGCAGUUCAACCAGUUUACUGACGGACAGCAGCUGUAUCAGAUCCAGCAGGUCACCAUGCCGGCGGGACAGGAGCUGACUCAGCCCAUGUUCAUCCAGUCCACCAAUCAGACUGCAGACGGCCAGGUGACCACACAGGUCAGCGCAGACUGAGUCCCUGCCCCCCCUCCCUCCAGGUCCUCACGGCCCCCCGUGUGACGAGGCGAGGGGUGUGUCCUGUCCCCCCUCGCUCUUCUCCAACGCAAUGCCCACGAUGCCCCUAACAUCCAGGAAUGGGAGGGGGGGUGGGCCACUACGCCCGACCCACCCUCAUACUAGCCCUCCUGUACCGUCACCCCAGCCCCAUACACAUCCAGAAGCCCGCCACCAUCGUCCUCUCCGGUUCCUCCGCUCCUCUGUACAAAAGCCGCUCUUCGAGAGCUGACCCCAGGGUCUAAGCCUGCCGUCAGCCUCCUGGCUCCUCGUCCUCUCCCGUCUCCUUCCGGUGGGAGUCUGGAGAGGUGCCGAUGGCUGAAAAGCAGCCUAACCUUUUCAGCUCUAAGACCCUGCCGACUUCUACUGUAGGUCCGACCUGCUGUGGAGUGUCCUGAUUUUGAUCCCUAACACCUAGUCCGGCCUUUCUCAGACGCGGGCUCUCUUUCUUACACUUCCUUCAUCUCUCUUUCACUUCCUUUCUCUCACUCUCCUUUAUGUUCUAGAACAGUCUUGUGUUUGUGUCCUAAUUUCUUCAUAUCUAUCUGACUGACUUGCUUUUUUCUCUCUCUCGUUUCCCCUUGUUUUCGUUAAGUGACCCUGAGCUCGGCCUCAUCACUUGGCAUCUUGCUCUGUGAUGUGUCUGGUGUCCUAAUGAACAGGGCUUCCAGGCGAUCUCCUCCAUCUUUUGAGCUAAGGAGACCUUGCUGUCCGUUUUGGACCGAGAGGAGAAUCAUGACAUGUCAUGUGUAGCCUAACACCAUUUCAGAAGUAAUAAAAACAAUAAACUAAGCCAUAGACUACACUGACACACGCGCACACACA